UCAACGGCAAGAGGAUGGUUUCCGGCGGGCAUGUAUAGGUACGUGAAGCUCGGAAAAGCUUAUCGUUCCAGCUCGGAUACCAACUUGCUCUGCCCGAGUCGCAGUUUCUUUCCAGUUCUUCAGUCAGUGAGUCACAGCCAGUUCUGCAGGCGAGUUAAAGAACUAAACUAGGUGCACCCUCGUGCGAGCACCUCCAGAUGUAUUUCUUUUUUGUUUUGGCCUCGCUGAUGGCUGCCUGUGCCCCACCGGUGGCACUGGCAUACCUAUCAGCGGGCUUGAAGGAUCAGCUACUGUCGGACGUACUGUUGCGUGAGAUCGUUGAUCGAAUGGGCAAGGACAUAGCGGAAGCGGCCGAUUCGUACAUUGACCCGAUGGACGAGUUUCCCGGUCGACUAGCGAUGAUGGCCCGUGCCAGUAAGGACUUGGAGUCGGAACAAUUAGACUACGACGCUUUGCUCGAUGGAAAUCCGAACCCGUCUACCCGCGAUCAGGAGUACUUGCAGCACAGUUCCCUGUGGGGCCAUCAGUACGUGUCGGGUGGCGCCGGAGAGGGUCCGCAUCGACCGAAACCACAAGUGAAAACCGAUGCCAGCCUUCCCGCCUACUGUAAUCCACCGAAUCCCUGUCCGGUAGGCUAUACGGAAGAUCAGGGUUGCACACUGGAUUUCGAGAAUACUGCAGCAUUCAGUCGAGAGUACCAAGCUGCCCAGGAUUGUAUGUGUGACGGGGAGCACAUGUUCAAUUGUCCGGCCCAGCCGCAAAAUGAGGCCGGCUCCCAGAUGGACUCGGAUUUGGAAAGCUUUAUCGCCCGCCAGUUCCACACUCAGGAGCAUAAAAAUUUGGUGGCAAAGAAGUUUCAUGUUAAGAAGAAUUCCAAUCCGUUCCUGAAAGGUGAAAAGCUGCCGAUCGCAGCGAAGAAAGGCUACAACGUGCUGUCCUAAAUUGCGCGGGUACACUCAAGUACAAACGAAAACCACCCACCACGCAGCAGUACCACCAGGAUACUGACGGAGAUGACAAUCUGGCGCACUCAAUAUGGACUACGGCACAAAUUCAUUCUAGGUAGAUAUAUGCGUAUAUCUGUAAAUUACCAGACAACUAGUAACUAGCGCAGCUAAUGCUAAUCGUCACAUAGCGAGAAACAGUUUCCUAUACACAAACAAUCAAUAAUGCAGCCUACGAUACUUCGAAUGAGAUGAAUCCCACUACUUUUCCCAAACCCCAACCACUUCAACAGGUGCAUUCUUUCAACCAGUCAAUGGAAAAAAUAUUUAAGCGAAAUAGUCUAAGAGAAGAUGCUUUUUUUCAAAUAAUCGUGAUACGUUUAACUAACAUUCACCUUAUACUAUCACUAGCGUCCGACACGUACCAAUAACAAGUUCAUAUGAUAGUAUCAUUGUACUAAUCGUGUUAUAGUAAUUGAGCAAAUUGAGAAACAAAGCUACAAAAUAGUAGACACAGACACACAAAUUGUAACGAUUUAUAGUGUAUUAGGUUGCCCCAAAUUCCGAGUUUUUUUUGUUCAAACUUUAAUUGAUCAACAGCGGAUCCUGUAACGAGAGGGUAUUAUUGACCCAAACAAAACAAAAGAAGCUCUCUGGGAGAAAUGAAGCAAAGCUUAAGAAUACCCAUUGGUGUACAGGGACCGCAGGCAUGAUCCACAGUUUGUAUGCUGCGAAAGUUGCGCUCAGAUGACGACACUGACGCAAAGCGGCUUUUGGCGAUGAAAAGCGUGAAAGAAGCUCUUCUCGUUCGAUAUGAACAUACACACACAACCGUAGACAUAUCAUGGAAAAAGCUUCGUUUGUGAAAAAAAAAAAAAACAAUUAAAUGAUGUGUGAACGGUGCGGGCGGGAUUCACUUUUCCCGGUAGUUGAUGUAUUUUGGAUACUGCUAAAAGGCCUUAAUCUGUUGGGAAAAGGUUUGAAUCACCGGCGCCGGGAAUAAUCUUACAGCAUUAUAAUAUGGCUAUACUGAUUUGUUUACGUAAAAGUAGCGAGCUGUAAAAAGCUUUAAAGAAAACUUUCAUAGAAAAUAGAAAUAAAUAUACAAAAUGAGGCAUUUAUUUUAUCAAGAUACUCUUGAAUCCAGAUGUAAUGUAUAUGAAAUAUAAGUUUAAAAAUUACAGUGAUGAAGGAAAAUCACCUUCAUUCGGACACAGAGAACAAAGAAAACAUAGAUGAUAAUGGACAGAGAAAAAAAAUCUUGUUUGAAAACAACAGAAAAUAUCGACCACAACCAAGUCAACCACAACUGACUAGAAAUUUGACUAUAACUUCUUCGCGCGAGUGUGUAUGUUUCAGGACUGGGGGCCUCUGGUUCGCAUUCAUUUGACGGGGAGAAAUUCACCAUCCUCGCCAGUUUCGAACUGGUUUCCGCGUCAUCCUACCAUCCGAUCGAACCAGGGGCCAGUCGAAAACGUACAAAUGUUGUAACAAAUAGGUAAUCAAUACCUUGUCGCUGACAACCUUAAAUAUAAAUAACAUGAAAAGUGUUUUGAACAACAGUAGAUAUCAAAAAUCUGCAUUUGAAGAGAAUAAUGAGGAGUCCUCAUAAUAAACGAGAUGACAAUAUUUACCGCAGCCAAAAAUUCUGUAAAUCGUCAAGAGGAAUGUGCAUUGUGCAGAUGUGAAGUCGUAAAGACACAAAAAAAUCAGUAGCUGAUCUUUCUAGCUUAAAAAUAGCUAAUAUACAUUGACGUAGGAGACAUCGUGCAUCGAUAAGAUCAGGCAAGAGCAAAUCUAAAAAUUUAUACAAAUUAACCCUGUAAAUGUAAAAUUCACUAAAGAGAGCAACAACUACUAAAAAAGUUCUUGAUGUUUUAAAAGCUAGUAACUAUCAUGACUAUCAGUAACGUUUAAUUUUCUAACUAUCGAAAAUGAGCUUUCGUUUGUUUAAAUAAACUGUUCAACAAAUUGUUUGGUUCCUCGAAAAUCUUCAUCAAUGGAUGAACAAGUAUAAUUGAUAAAAA